AUGGAAGAGACACUUUCUUUUGAUCAAAAUAUAGAAGAACGAGUCGAUGAAUUGAUUAAUUCAUUCCGAAGUUCAUUUUGGAUUGAUGAACAUCAAUGGUUUGUUCGAUGUAUCAUCCAAAAGAAAACUAUUUAUCUUUACACUAUAUCUAAAAUAUUUUAUAACUACGAUAGUGUACUUUUUGGUUCAUUAAAAUCGACUGAUCCACAGAACAAUCAACAAAAGUUUUAUAAUAACAUGACUAGCAUUGUAAAUGAAACAUUCGUUGAUCAACCAAUUCCUUCGUACAUUUGUUUGCCUAAUAUUGAAUAUCUUUGGAUAAAACUUCCUAUCAAUGAGCAAUUUUGGUCCAUUGUUCCAAGUUUAAAUCGUCUGUAUUUACUUACAGUGGUAUCCUAUAUUGAUACUUUCCAAUCUCAAUUAAAAGCUUUACUUAAUCGAGCACCUCGUCUUUGUUGA